AUGGCGUAUAAUCGUAAUUUGGGUGAUAAUCCCAAACCACUUUGCCUUACCAACAUACCUGAUGAUUCAAUUUCUAGUAUUAGAUGGUCCAACCCGCCAAACUCCCUUUUCAUCGCAGCCGGAAGUUGGGAUAAGACGCUAAGAGUCUGGCAAAUUUCCAGCUCAUUCGGAUCUAAUUUAAGCUCCACAUUUAAAGUUUCUUAUAUGUCCAACGCCCCUAUACUUUCCAUAGGCUUUUCACAAGAUAACACAAAACUAUUCGCGGGCUCAUGUGAUAAUACUGUUAGGGCGUUUGAUCUGACCAGUGGUAACCAGGCGGGAGUAAUUGUUGGUCAACAUCAAAAACCGGUAAUUGGAGUUUAUCACUUUCCCCAGCAGAAUGCUGUUAUUACUGGCGGCUGGGAUGGAAUGGUUGCUAUAUGGGACAUGAGACAGCAAAAUCCAGCAUGGAGCAGAAUGUUGAACUCCAAGAUCUUCGCAAUGGAUUUCAAAUCUAACAUUAUUUGCACAGCUGAUAGUAAACUCAGGGCAAACUAUUGGAAUGUAAACAAUCUAAAUGAUACAAACACGAUCCCCCUAGAUUCAUCACUUCGCACCCAAGUUAGAGCACUGGCCCUAUUUCCUGAAGUUGGAGAUGAAUCUGGCGCUGGAUUUACUAGCAUAGGAGGGAGGUGUGUUGUCAACUAUUUUUCACCUUCUCACAGAGGGCGCAACUUUUCAUUCAAAUGCCACCGCACAGAUCUAAAUGGAAAGGGCACUUAUGUUUACCCCGUUAAUGGUAUAGACUUCUAUGGUAAAUAUGGCACUUUUGUAACAGGGGGAGGAGAUGGCAAUUUCACCAUUUGGGACAAAGAGAAUAAGACAAGAGUCAAGAUGUUCAACACUAUGGAUUCUCCAAUUGUGGAUGUUAAAUUCAAUUCCGAGCACAACUUUUUGGCCUAUGCCACUUCCUAUGAUUGGCAUAAGGGCUUGAACAGAAAUCUGAUGAGCAGCAGCAGCAGGACGCUGCAGAUCGUUCAGUUGAGGGAGGAAUACGUCAAACCAAAGCCUAAGGCCGGUAGCAACCGUAGAUGA